AUGGACUUGAUCGAGCUUCCAGUAGAGCUCCUCAGCCGAGUAUGUCGCUUCCUCGGACGAGCAUCGGGUACCAACAACAACAAGUAUUCAUACAAGAACAGAGACUUUGGAUCGCUGCGAUCGACAUGCAAAGCCAUAUACGCCAGGACCGAGUUCGACGCAAGCAUUCGGUACGGCCUCCAGGAAUGCCGCUUUUAUCUCGAGCCGUCGUCGCUUGCUCUCUUCCUACACUUGUCCCGUAUCCCCGCCUUCCGCAAUCGAAUGGCGCGCAUAACUGUAUGCCCGCUCAAAAAACCCAAGACGAUAAGCGACUACGAAUGGUAUCUGCUACACGAGGACGAGUACAGCUUUGUGAGGUCCGGUGAAGCCGCCUAUAUGCUCGCCCAAUGUUUCCGACAACACCAAGAUGCGGACUCUUUCAUGGAGCUAGAGCUACCCUUUGGGACUCAUAUUUUCAGUGAACAGACAACUGUGCUGCGAGCACUGCAGCUGUCGCAGUUUCCAGAGAAGAUCGCCUAUGUCUACCUCUGGUUGGAAAACUCUCAGAAGCCCGAAUGGGCGCUGUUUGCAAACUCAUUGUCGGAAUUUCGACCUUGGAUCAUGAAAGCUGUCUUCUUAACACCAAAUGCAUACGGCAAAGAUGUUGCGAAGAGUCGCGAAGUUGGAGCUCACAUCAAGAAUGAUGCAGCGGAGUUCCAGAGCUUCGGAUAUGCCAUGGCUGCGAAAGUCUAUUCUCUACACACAUGA